GCAGACACAACGUAACAGUGCCCGAAGCACGGAUUGCCUACAAGAUUGUCAACAGGGCUAUCAGGAUAAUGUGAAACAUGAACUACAUAUGGGCAAUCUCACCUAUAUAAUAAGUCAAGAUGCCUGGGACUUCUAGCACGAAGAGAGCCAUACUCUUCCCAUUCUCACCUUCAUCUUCUUCCCAUCCGAAUCUCCAAUAAUAGGAUCUCGUCUAAUCUGAUUGCCAGCAAUUACCUCCAUCCCAACACUCAUCCUAGUCACAAUGGGCAAAUCAAAGUCCGCGAAGAACGUCCUGCUCGAAUUUAUCGAAAGCAUCCCCACUCACAAAAUGGAAGGGCUUCCGUUCACGCAGACGACACUUUACAGCACUUCUAAUUACCGCUUGGACAUGCAAGGUAUGACAAGCGGAGACCCUCAAUUCCACAAUCUCCAAAUUCAGGCGAACAAGCAAUCCACGAUCACAUCCAUUCGAAAGUUGGCUCCGAAGACAGUCGCGGGGGAAGUGCUGGUCCCAACCGAUGGCUCAUGGACAGGGGAAGACGUUCGACAGGCUCUACUCAACACCAAGAAAAUUUGAAAUGGGAUGGCCACGCGAACAACAAGUGCGCAAGAUCAAUGGUAUAUCGCUCUCGCAAGUUAAAGAGCAGGGUGGGAUAAGGAACAAAAUAAACCCAGCAAGACACCAUGUACCUGAUACCGUGCCCUAUGUAACGUGAAUGUUUGGGGCCAAACGCGAGCAAACUGGGCGCGACAGACGGACGCGAUGGAGGAAAAAGGGACGUAUAUAAGAUGGCACAUUUCCUGCAUAGACAGUCAUCUCCCUCCUGCCUCAGCUACAGGUUUCAGUAUUAUCCCACUCAUGAUGUAGUCCCUUUAUCGGGCGUAAGUAGUGUGCAUUCCAAGGGACACGGCACACCCCAGAGAGGCUAACACCGCAUUAAUACCCUCUAUGGCUAUGCUUGCCAACCUUGCAAGAC